GGCUUUGUGGAACGGCAUCUGCUGAGUGGCGAGCGGCUGCUAGGCAGAGCUGUAGGUAGGAAGGGGCAGCUCAGAGGACUGCGUAAAGACAAGGCCCUGUUCCCCAUGUCACUGUCUCUGUCCGAAGUAAAUGAUCCCUCACUGGAGCGACGCCAGUUUGUGGGUCUUAUCCACGACCAGAGCAUACUGGAAGAGCAGCGCUAUGCCGCUGAGGAAGCGCACCGUCUCAACGAAAUCAUUCUGCAGACAAGCAUUGAUGGUAUCGUCAUGCUGGACGAUCAGGGCCAUGUGAUGUCAAUGAACGCGUAA